AUUUGAUGCCGUCUGUAAUUAUGUGAUAGUGGUCAUUUUACCUUGAGGACAUCAUGACUGGAAAUAUUGUUUAGUUUAUUUCAAUAUUUAUUAUAGUCUCACGCUAUAAAAUAUAUCACAUAUACAGAAUACAAUUCAAGAUAUACAGGUGGUAGAAUGGAAAUAUCAUCCCUGAUAUAUCAACCUCUAAAGAGAUGGAGUCGGUAUAAAACUAUUUUGGCAUGUAGUUCUGGUGUUAUAUUGUUUUUAAUAAUGAAUAUAAUUUGGACAUUUAACCACGCGAUGGAAUCGAGGAUUACAAGACCGCUGCCAUACGCAAGGCAGUAUUCUAUAAUGAUAGACAGACAACAUGAGAUCUCCACAAAUAAAGGAGCUGGUUGGAUGAAAUAUAAUUUCAAAAAGUUGGAAACUAAUUUUGUGAAAAUACCAGAAAGGGACUUAAUAGUCUGGUCGGCGUUUUAUGAUAAUCGCACGGUAGGUGACGUCUCAUUCAAGUUUGACGACAAAUCGAGAAGUGGUCUUGUACUACCAUGGAACGUCAAACAUAGACCAGCGGUUGUAUUACUUGGUCUUUCUGAAAGAAAAAUGAGCACGACAUACUGUCAUAUGUAUUUUUCAAAUACUUCAUUCAGAGAGGCAAGACAAAAGAGAAAGAGAAUAGCCAAAGUUGUGACAAAAAUGAGAAUGUUGAAAUUCAGACCAAUGCAUAUUUGGAGAAAUAACUUAUUCGUGUGCGAUGUGAACCGCCAUUUUGUAGAAACAAACAAUUUAGGUCUUCCAAUUUUGGUUGGGUUGUCACCAUCAAACACUACCCAACCAGAGAGGCUCAUUAACGUUCAACCAUUUUCAGGAGCUAAACCUAAGAACUCCAUCGGAAUAUGUGUGAGUACAAUUUACGGCAGCCUCUCUCCGGUUAAUUUCGCACAGUUUAUAGAAUAUUACAGAGGUAUGGGAGUUAACAAUUUUUAUUUAUACGAGGCGCUCAAUAUAACUAAAGACUUAUCCAAAUUGCUAACGUGGUACGAAAAGAAGGGUAUUUUAGAGUAUAUACCAUGGAGGUUGCCCUUAGGUGACAAAAGUUAUCCAAAAAGGGCUUCUCAGGAUUUUUUUGAUAACCUUGUUCAGAAAGCCGGGAGUACAGAUUGUAUAUAUAGGAACUAUGGCCGUCAUAAAUGGAUGUUGCACGUCGAUGUCGACGAGUUUAUCGUCCCAAAGCUUGAUAUGACAAUAGAUCAGAUCAUAACCCGAGUAUCAAACCAAAAAAACUAUCCUCAAAAAGUGUCAAGUCUAAGAUUUCACCAUGUUCAAUUCUGCAUCGAUCAAGCACCAAACAAUAGAACGGACAAUGAUAAAGAUGCAGAAUUCGACUUACUGUUCGAUAAGUAUCAAAUGAGUUCUAAACCGUGGCCGAUGCAGUUUUGGGGAGCUCGUACAAAGUUUUUGAGCAACCCUUCCGGAGUUGAGUAUGUGGGAUCCCAUCAAGUUACUCUCAAAUUGAAAGACUUCAAGGAGGUUAACGUCGACCCAAGCAUAGCUACUAUGCAUCAUUAUAGAAAGUCUUUACUCGAUAAGAAAUUCCCUUGUGACCAGACAAAUACGUAUGCGUUGAAAUACGUCAAGGAGCUUCGGCGUCGUGUUAAAUUUGUGAUAGAAAAGUCGAAAAGGUAUUAAUCAAAAUGUUACAGCAAAUGUAUUUUUAACAUGAUUAAUUUAUAUUUAUGCUGUAAUAUAAAAGUAUUACUGUGAUUGAAUAAAGUUCGAAAAGGAGCAGUUUGUUACUUUCUGAUCGGGCCUCAUGCAUAAAAAGGGGAAAUCGUGGCAAAGGGGACACUCUUUACACUAUAAAUAAGAUCUUUGCUCACGGUAUUGUUCAUCGAAUGGUACAUAAUAUUUCACCAUAACAUAUGAUAUGUAAGAGAAACGAGAGAAACAAUACUUACGGUCAUAGUGGAAUCUUCAUUAGCCGCCAUUUUAUUUCGCUCCGGAGCGUUUCCGCGUAAAUGUAACGCUCCGUCGUGCAUGUCGGAGCGUUUGGGUUAUACACCGUGCUCAGUCAAUUAAACAAAAGCAUAUUGAGUAUCGGUGUUAGAAACAUCAUUCCCAACUAAAUAACUAAAUGCAAAGGUCUUGCUUAUAAGACCCUGGACUCCCCCCCCCCCCCUCCCCGAUCAACUUCACUCACCAGUGUGUUAGACAAGAUGAACUACGUAGCACAUAGUAACAUAGGGGAGGGGUCAUAGACUUGAAGCAAGACUCAAUUUCCUUUAAUUUCAUGUGCGGAUAUUCUUCUCUCAAAGAUGUCAGGGUAGUUUUAU